AUGGAGGCUAAUGAUCCGGUCGCAACUGCGACAACAAACGGACUACCUAUUCUUCCGCAAUUAAACUCGGAUUCACUUUCUUCCCCAACCCCAGGAAAGCGAAAACGCGUCUCCAGUCCCGGCGACGAACCCCCCAAUUGCGUUGACACCCCUAAUCUAUCCAGCAUUUCAAAAAAAGAGCCUCUCCACCAAACCUUGAAGGAUCUCCUUCAGGUUCUAGAAAAAUAUGAUUCAGAUCUUGGUAUUCUGAAAUUUCCCCUUCCUCCAAACUCCCCCGUCGAACCUGAUAGUAAACGCGCGAAGUUAUCAGAUGCCACAGCCGACUCGCAAACAAUAGAGUCCAAAAUCAUUGCGGCGCAAUACAAGACUAUCCAGGAGGUAGUCGAUGACGUUGAGGCUGCCUCCGUUCGAAUUGUGCAACGACGGCAUGAGUCUGAAGCUACUGCAAAUAGGCUGGAAAAUUUUCGUUCGUCGACCGAGUUAGUCAACCUUUCGCGCAUAUUUAAAAAACAUUUGGACAAUUUCAUUCUUCGCAACCCUUUCCAAGGAACCUCCAUUGUAAAGUGUGAGUCUCCAGAGCUUCAGAAGAAUGCAUCCCAGAACAAGGAGAAUAGCAAAAAGACACACGAUCGGGAGGACAAAAUGGUUCUGGCCCUCUUUGGGAAUCCGCCCCGUGGAAGGCAUUUGUUUUCUAGUCUGCAACAUCCAAUCAACGCAGAACCCGACUCUCACAAUCCAGCUAAACCAACCGCUGUGGGCAUACAAGCCACAAUCAAUGAAGCAGCACUGCCAAACGGCAUUACUACAUCCAAAGUCAUUCCAUUCAAUAUUAAAAACUUGGAUUCGGAUAAGGGGAAGUCGAGGACUAUAGCGGAUGUAUUUUCACCUCGUGACAACCUUCCACAGCUACAGCCUCCCCGCAAAUCGCGUUCUUCAAAAAAUUCAAACGUUACAUGGCUUGACCCAUACGACUUGACCGUAGCUGCAAAAUAUCCUUCAGUUGAAAAAAAGGGGUAUCCCUACUUGCCUUUUCCCUCUGGGUAUUGGUUACACUAUGGCUAUGAACCCUCGGUUCGAUCGGAAAACCGAACUCAAAAGACUGACGCAAACUUCGGCAAAAAGCUGCAAAAGCCUUUUCAGAACUCUCUUAAUGAUGGCGACUCAUUAUUCCGCAGUGCUUAUGCGUCAUUUGCUCCCUCGUUUGAUAGCUCUGGAGCAUCCAUUCCUGUGGACGCGAAGGAGCAAAUAUGGUGGGACCAGUUUGGGGCGAAGAAUUUCCAUGCGUUAUUGUUGAGUGGAAGCGAUAUAGAAACCCAACAAAGCGACGAUAAGAUUUCAAAUCUACCGAUCCAACCACUGGAUGAAAACAGUCUAGAGGAAGCUGUGAAGUCGUAUGAGCCAGAAGUCGAUAAAGAAUUGGUCAAUCAAGAGGAACAGUCUGAUGGACAAAAUGAGGAGAAGGACAUGGAGGAGGUUCUCGAAAACAUAUCUGAUCUUUUACGUACGCUAAAUUCUUAUCGUCGAAUUCGAAUCCUCGGGCAACCACUUCCCAUAUCGUCAGAGAAAAUGAACAACGAGGCUUCAGCGUCUGUAGAUCCCUCCUUGCCCUCUGGUGUGGAAGUUAGCGUGUAUGAGACGCUCAAAUCAAGUUUGUCCUCGAUGAUCGCCACGUUACCUCCAUAUGCUGUUUCAAAGUUAGACGGGGAUCAAUUAGCGGAACUAAAUGCCAGCAAAAUGAUAUUGUUGGAAAAUGCUGAUUAUCCCGGAACAAUGGACGAGGAUGAGUAUACCUUUCAGCAGAAACAGAUAUCCAGAGCUUCCCAGGUGCCAAAUGCGGUCCGUACACCUACACCGAACGUGAACACACCGCGAACAUCACCAUAUCAGACACCGCCCACGGCGACUAAUGUUCCAUUGCAACGAUAUCCAUCCAAUUCUCGCGCAAAAGCAGUCCCAAUGAAUCACCCUCCUCACCAAGCUUAUGGGACGAGCCAGCGGUCUUCAUCUAUCCCCUAUCUUCCUAAUAAUUCUCCCCAGCCGUACAAUCCGUCCAGGCAACCACCACCCCAACGAGCUGGGUAUGCACAGCCUCAAUUUUCUCAACCCGUCACUCCGCAAUACAACCAAGGUGGGAUCCUUCAGCAGUUCCAAAGACCAACCCAGAACGGUACAGGACCUUAUCCUUCGCAACGAAUAGCUUCCCCAGCGCAGGGAUCGCCUCAGCCUUUUCCCAAUCGCUCAAACCACCAAACCCCUUAUCAACAACGACCGCAAGAUAACCCAUACGGCUCACCCAUUGCUGGCCCACACAAUUCUCCUCCUCAGAGACAUCCAAACUUUGGUGCAUCCCCACAGCGUCACCCGUACGUGAAUUCUACUCCUGACAAUCCCCAACCACGAUACUUCCAGCAACAAACCCCACAACCGCUGCCCUUCCCAAACUUUCCUUCUUCACAAGCCAGCCCAGCACCAGCAGGAUACGCCAACAGCGCAGCUGCAAUGACAUAUGCGCGAAGCGCUGCGGAGCAAGCGGCCCUUAUGGAUCGCAAUAAGGCACAGUUGGCCGAGCAUCAACCUCAAAAAUCCAACACCCCACAGCCAUCCUCUGUUCGGCAAUUCAGCGGCCAAGGGAACCUACCACCCAGUAAUCGGCAGAAUGGUGCUCCAGUGGGAUCUACAACAGGUGCAACUCAGUGA